GAGCGGCGGCCGUCGAGGAAGCAGUUACAUGUUUGACUGUAGAAGUUGGCUUUCCACUGUACUAAGAGCAAAUAUUUUUGAGCAACUGAGGGGUGUCAUCGAAGCGCACCUUUAGCACGGGAAGAUGAGCGAACUUGACCAGUUACGCCAGGAGGCGGAGCAACUGAAAAACCAAAUCAGAGAUGCUAGGAAAGCGUGUGCUGAUGCUACAUUGGCCCAGAUCACAGCCAACAUUGAUCCAGUGGGUCGUAUUCAGAUGCGCACUAGAAGAACACUGCGGGGACACUUGGCUAAAAUUUAUGCAAUGCACUGGGGGACUGAUUCCAGGCUUCUCGUUAGUGCAUCACAGGAUGGCAAGCUUAUCAUUUGGGACAGCUACACCACAAACAAGGUUCAUGCCAUUCCCCUGCGGUCAUCCUGGGUCAUGACCUGUGCAUAUGCUCCAUCUGGAAACUACGUGGCCUGUGGUGGUCUUGACAAUAUCUGCUCCAUCUACAACCUGAAAACACGUGAGGGCAACGUACGUGUCAGCCGUGAGCUGGCCGGCCAUACAGGCUACUUGUCAUGUUGCCGUUUUGUGGACGAUAAUCAGAUUGUUACCAGCUCCGGAGAUACCACUUGUGCCCUGUGGGACAUAGAAACUGGCCAACAAACCACCACAUUUACUGGUCACACCGGAGAUGUCAUGAGCCUGUCCCUCGCUCCCGAUUCCAAGUGUUUCGUUUCCGGUGCCUGCGAUGCCUCCGCAAAGCUGUGGGAUGUCCGAGAAGGGAUGUGCCGGCAGACCUUCACUGGCCACGAGUCGGACAUCAAUGCCAUAUGUUUCUUCCCCAAUGGCAACGCGUUUGCCACUGGCUCCGACGAUGCCACCUGCCGGCUCUUUGAUCUCCGUGCUGACCAGGAGCUUAUGGUUUAUUCCCAUGACAACAUCAUCUGUGGCAUCACCUCCGUAGCGUUCUCCAAGAGCGGGCGUCUCCUCCUAGCUGGCUACGAUGACUUUAACUGCAACGUGUGGGAUACGCUCAAAGCUGACAGAGCAGGUGUCCUAGCUGGCCAUGACAACCGUGUCAGUUGCUUAGGUGUGACUGAUGAUGGCAUGGCUGUGGCCACAGGAUCGUGGGACAGCUUCCUCAAGAUCUGGAACUAAAGUCUCAGCAGACUCCGCGCUGGCUGGAAGACUUUUCCACCACAGUCAAAAAUUUAAAUAACGUAUCCAAUCCAACCGUACUAACUUGGACCCCCUCCCCCCCUCCAUCCUACCCAGCCACCAAAGGGCAAGAUCUUUUCCCGCCUCCUAUUGCCGAAACGAAGAGCACAAUUAUCUCCUAAAAGAAGAAUCUCUGUGGUUACAUACAAAUAGCAAAAGAAGUUUUAAAAAAAAAUAUAUUGUGCAUUCUUUUGGGGACCACUUCUCGUCUAGCAAACUAAAGAAAACACACUUCUGUAAGCAUGUCCAGAAAAAAAAAGAAAAAAAAAAGUGAAACAAACGUUUAACUUUCACUGUAGUUUAAAGAUUAUAAACCAUUGAUUUGGUUUUACUUCCUUUUUUUUUAAGUUGGGGGUGGGGGGGCAGCCUUUGUUUUACUCUCUCACUAUCAAAUUUUGAAGUCGUGUUUGUAGCAGGAUCGAUAUCUACUCUUUGUCCAUAUUUCCUUCUUUUCUUUUCUUUUUUUAAACGCCAUUGCUUUUACAGUCAAUACAAGGGAGUCCAAGCCCAGGUGCCUCUGGGAUUGUUAAUGCUGUAAAUUUAGUCCCUGAAUUCAUUUUUUUAAAAAUUUCUGUCUUCGUGUCACAGGAUUGUUGCACAAUUACUGCAUAUAUAGGACAAAGUUAAGUAAGGUAACCAAGCACAUGCUGUACAUGGUCUUGAAUGUUUAAAAGAAAAAAAACCCACCUUUUUAUGGGUUAACAAAAAGUUUUUUUCCACCACACUCAUUAUUAUUGUACCUACUCCCCCCCCCCUUUUUUUUUUUUUUGCAUAGUUUGGAUUUAACAAUGCCCAACUGCAGGGCAAAUUAUGCCCUAACGCUACCCCGCGAUCUCAACAAAUAAGGUUUUGGGGGCUCGUGGGUUUGUAUUUUGCAGAGAAAACCUGUUCAGCACUUGGCUGUUGCAUAAAUUCUUUGUGUAUUAAACAAUGUACAAAUUAAUGGGUUUUUUUUUUGAAAAUAAUGAUCUUGAACUUUCUAAGUUAAACAAGAACAAUGGAAAGAAUUUUUUUUUUCCUGUUUGCCAUAUUGGGUUGGAUUACUCUUUAGAAUCGCAUGCUGUAGAAAUGCUGAUGUGCAAAUGAGACUAAUGUGUCCUUCAAUGUGUUUUUUUCUUUAAAAGGAUAACCUGGUUUUGUUUUUUCCCCUAAUAAAAAAAAUAAGCUGUAACCAUCACCAUAUUCCUCUUUUACUGUCGCUACUCUGUGCAUUAAAAAAAAUUAUGAAGAAUGAAAAAAUGCCAUUCUAUGCACGCCUUGGAGUAGCAUAGAUAAGUCACUAUUGUAAAAAAAAAAUUUUUUUUCUUUAAUUACCAGUUCAGCAUUUGCUGUAGAUUUGAUUCUGGGGUGCAGAGGAGGGGGGAAUAACAGACGGUCCUCUAUAAAUUUAAAUUCUCAGUGACCCAUUUGGCUGUAACCAAGGAAGCCUUUUGAUUGCCUUUAUUUUGUUUUUCUUUCUUUUUUGCUUCCUUAACGAGCUGGCUUUACCUGACUUGAUUUGUUGAAAAUAGGAGGGGAGGGGGGGGGGAACUUGACAGAAAACCCCUAAACAGCUUUGGAAUAGUAAAUUGUUCUGUCAAAACUUUUCUCCUCUGUCUAUGUAUCAAAAUCUUCCUUCCCAUGCUACGGCUGUGAUUUUUCUCCACUCUGGUCCCCUCCUUCUCCCUCUGCAACAUUUCUGUAUAAAAUGUGCUGUAAUCGUGCGUUUUUAGGCCUGGAUUUGGCAUUUAAAAAAAAAACAAAUAAUGAUAUUAAUUUUUAAAAAAAAGAAAAAGAAAAUCUACUUCCCCUCCCCUCCCCCCCCCCCCACGAAACUAUUAUCCGUAGAGCUUUCUCCACACCCUUGUAUCCUCCUCCACCUUUUGUAUUUAAUUUUAAAGUCAGUGUACUUCAAGAAAGCUGGAUGCAAGAUAGAUACUAUAUUAAAAUGUACUGUUAUUUAAGAUGUAAUAAAGCAGUUUGACAUGA